AUGAUUAAUUAGUAUCAAUACUGGUUUUUAAAUUUAAUCUUAUAUCAAUUAAUGAACACAUUUUUUUAGCGUUGGACAUAAGGUUUAAUUAUCUAAAAAGUUAUUAGUUUAAUUUUGAUAGAAAAGUAUUUUGAUGCAUACUUGCAACAAAUGGAGUCAAAACAGCAACACCAUAUAACGCAUAAUAGUAAAAAAUAAUAAUCAAUAGGUUGA